AUGUCUCAGUCUGACGAACUAGCAGCGCAGGAUGCUGGUGACAGUGGUGAUGGCCCCAUCGAGGAGCUGGCCGAGUUGCAGGUUAAGGAAGAGGCCAGACUGGAGAAGCUGUUUGCGGAGCAGAGAGAAGAGCGGGGACUUGAUGAUGAGACAACCUUGCAUACCUUCUUCAAGCUGUUUGACAUGUGGAUCCAGCUCUACCGAUUGAACAAGUGCAUGGAGGUACUUCCAGAGGUUGUGCCUAUCUGCCGCAGCAGAGGAGGAGACUUUCAUGUGAAGGGCGUUCAAGCCCUGGCUUUCACCCUGUGGAAGAAGUCGCAGUUCAAUGAUGCCGUCAAGCUCUUCCAUGAAAUUGAGGACCUCAUUGGCUGCAGCGCGGCCUUGUGCGAAAACAUGGGCCACACCUACAGCUCGAUGGGGAACUUUGAUAAGGCAUCGGAAUACUUCAAGCGGGCCUUGCAAUGCCUAGACAAGGAAGAGGAGUUGGGCAAGAAGACUGGCGACCGCGCAGGCAUUCUGCUAGGCCUGGGGUUGAUUGAAGACCGCUUGGGCCGAUUCGAGCAGGCACUUGCUUCGGUGCGGGAAUCCCAGGCCCUUUUCCGGCAGAGAGCAAAUGGCAAGCCAUCCUCACUUGUUGCCAAAGCGGGGAUGUCCAUUGCAAAAAUCCUCUUGAAGUUGGCUUUGCAGGAACCUGAUGACGACAAAAGACAGGAGAUGGAGGAUGAGGCCAUCAUCAGGGAAGAGGAAAAUGUCGCCCUGUUUGAGGUCACGUGCGGUGAGGACAGUCCGCUCACAGCAUCUGCCUUGCGUGGGCUUGGAGAGGCUCAAAAGCGCAGGGGACGCGUCCCAGAAGCUAUUGCAAGCUUUGCACGAUCGUACCAAAUAGAGGCUCAGAAGGAUGCGUUUGAUCUGCUGGGAAUUAUGGAGGUCCACAACCACCUCUUCGGAGCUCACAUGGAUCUGGUCAAGCUCGGGAACCCCUUGAACCGUGCCAGUUUCCGUAACUAUUUGCCCACAGUUGACUUGGCGCUCGAUCGAGUUCGAAGCAUGAAGCAAGAUGCUAACGCAGGCGCCUACUACAAGGUGGCUGGUGAAUUUGCUGCUUUCGCGGAAGAGUAUCAGCGAGCUUCCAAGCUGUUAAGUGAGGCAGUUUGUCUGUUCAAGACAGAGGAUGACUCCAAAGUGGAAGGUCUGAUUAGUCAUUGUGAGGAGCUGAAGGACUUCUGUGAUGCCCAGCUAUCUGCUGUUCGUGGCAGUGCCACAGCCAAUGUCUCCGAGUCGAAAAGCUAA